AACCCCGCCCUUUCCUAUCCCUAACUUUGGUUGUGUCGACUUUCGGGUUUGCAGUGAUUUGAUGGUCUCAGCGAUGUGAGUUGGUCCGGACACACCUCGCCCUGUAACACCACUGGCUCUCCUCUUCGUCUUCCUCAUCAUCAACAAAAUAGAAAACAGUUAAUUUAUUUGUGUCGCCGUCUCUCUCCAGGGAAGAAGAUGUCCGCUGGCUUCUCCGGGCCAGAGCCAGUUUAGGAAGAUCUUUUCCCUCGGAGCCUCGUCAGGAAAACGCCAACACUGUCGUGAUACGGUUGUCAUUCGGAGGCAACUGUCAACGUUGGGCCCCCUCCUGUAAACACGGAACUGUGGGGCUGUGAAAGUGUGCCCGGAACUAUUUACGUGGAGUUAAAGGCGAUGUGUGUUGUGCCAGGCCAAGGCGAGGACGGACAGGAGAUGUCAUCUGGCUAUCAGCGCUAACGGUAUCUGGACCACAGCUAGGUCGCAAAACGCACAUUGUUUAGCACAUUAGUCGGCAACACUUCCUUGUGGUUUUGGUAUCAUUUAUUUUAAAGACACUCCCCAGUCUGCCGUCAGUCAGACAGUUGGUGUUAACUAAAAAGAUGUCGAAAGCGGUUACUUUGCUCGCUAACCGUUAAAGCGCGACGCACGACGUUAAGCUAGUGCUAGUCAGCGUCAACAUCAUAACAAAAGCCAAAUGCAAAUCCUUUAUUCACUGAAAACACUGCAGGGACUGUUGUAUGUCCAUCACUACUACACUAAUGCUAAAAUAGACUACAAGUGAAUGAAUUGUUUAACACAGCCUAGCAGGUGGGUGGAAAGACAUGACUACUAACUAACUACCCAACGAAAAAGGUGCGAUAACAGGACUGAUUUGAGCUGCACAACUCAUUUGGGUGUUUGGCACCGGCUUAACCUUGUAAAUCACAACAAGGAGAAGACAGCAGCUCAACCUGUUGACCAUGGAGGGAAAUGUACAACAACAGAAAACAACUCCUUUAGCUCGGGAACUGACGAGGACAUUUAACAGCUACAACAAACACAGCGUGCAGCUGAAGAAGAACUUGAAGGAGACUAAUGCGUUCUUCCGGGAAAUAAGGCAAAAUUACAGCAAUGCUUGUGCAUCGACCAUGAGCUCGGAAUCAGCUUCUUUUGAGGCAGGCCAGCUCAGCUGCAUCUCUUUCCCCAGCCACGAGGAAGAGUUCCUGCGCAACACUGUGGGCGCUGCUCCGUACAUCCUGGUACUGGGCCAGGACUGUGCCGCCCGCUACCAGCUGCUCAACUGCCUUCUGGGAGAGAGGCUUCUGCCACUGGGUCCCGAGGCCGGACAGGCUUGUGAAGGAGUCCAGGGCACUGUCUGCAAGAGGCGGAAGCUGUGUUUUACCCAUGGGAGACAGACACGGCUCAGCUUAGCGCUGCCUGGCCAGUAUGAGCUUGUGCACCAGCUGUCAGCGAACUAUGGCCGCUGGGACACGGUGCCCCGGGAAGACCUGGAGAUCCAUGAGGAAUGUGAGGACCCGGCCCACAGGCUAGCAGAGCUGGAGAUCACCCUGCAUCACCCACUGCUACAGGAAGCAAAGGUCAUGGUGGUGCCUUGCCCGAGUGUCCAGCCCAUAGAAGAGGCCUUGGAAGAUUUCACCCGCAGUGUGGUCCCCAUCCUACUCUAUGGCAUCAACCAGGACUCCUUAAGCACAGAUCAGGUGGCUGAGCUCUGGAAGGUCAAAGAGAUGCUCUCCUUUCCCAUCUGUUUUAUUCGUAUCCCCGACACCAUACCAGCAGCCUCCCCGGAACCCGGCCGCCGUGGGGAGAAGGAAAAGGAGAGGGAGAAGGAGAAGAGCGCCCUCCAUAAGCAGCUGCUCUCCCUCGGCUUCCUCUGUAGCCCGAUAGUAAACUGCUCCUGUGGCGCCCCUACGCAGAUACCCGCCCCUGGUGCCAAGCCCCAGAGCGUACUGGGUGAGGCUUUCGAAAGGCUGCAUCGGUUGCUGGUGCCUUUUGCUCGCCAAGUGCUUCAAAACCAGCAGGUGGAGGCUGCUAACCUGCUUAAUGGGGUUCAUUGUCGCUGUCUAGAUCUUUUCAUCAACCAGGCCUUUGACAUGCAGAGGGACCUGCAGAUAACACCCCGCAGGCUGGAGUACACCCGUGAGAAAGAGGGUGAACUUUUCACCUCCCUUAUGGCCAUAGCUAACCGCAAACAGGAAGAGAUGAAGGAGAUGAUUGUUGAAACGCUUGGCAGCAUGAAAGAGCAGCUGCUGGAGGAUGCUGCCAACCUGGAGUUUACAGACAUUAUUGUAACAACAAAUGGAGAGCCCUUUACGUCAAAGGAGAUCAAAUCUUGCAUCCACCAGAUCCAGGAGCUGAUAGUGGUUCGUUUGAAUCAGGCCGUGGCGAAUAAGCUGAUCAGCUCUGUGGACUAUCUGAGGGAGAGUUUCGUAGGAACUCUGGAGCGGUGUCUCAACAGUCUGGAGAAGUCGCACAUGGAUUCUUCUGUCCACAAUAUCACUUCCAAUCACCUCAAACAGUUACUAAAUGCUGCCUAUCAUGUGGAGGUCACCUUUCAUUCAGGAUCCUCUGUCACGAGACUCUUCUGGGAGCAAAUCAAACAGAUAAUCCACAGGUUAACGUUUGUUAACCCACCUGCCAUCACUCCAGAGUGGAAGCGGAAAGUGGCCCAGGACGCCAUAGAAAGUCUCAGUGCUGCCAAACUGGCCAGAAGUAUCUGCUCCCAGUUCAGAACCCGCCUCAACAGCUCCCAUGAGGCCUUCGCAGCAUCAUUGCGCCAGCUAGAGGAAGGCCAUACGGGGCGUCUGGAGCGCACUGAGGACCUGUGGCUGCGUGUGAGGAAGGACCACGCCCCUCGGCUGGCCCGCCUGUCUCUGGAGAGUCGCUCCCUCAGGGAUGUGCUGCUGCAUGGCAAGCCUAAGCUCGGGCGAGAGUUGGGUCGGGGUCAGUACGGAGUCGUGUACUUGUGUGACAGCUGGGGCGGACACUACCCAUGUGCCCUAAAGUCUGUGGUACCGCCUGAUGAUAAACACUGGAAUGACCUGGCUUUGGAGUUUCACUACACAAGGUCCCUGCCGAAGCACGAGCGGCUCGUCGACCUGCACGGCUCUGUGAUCGAUCACACCUACGGAGGCGGCUCCAGCAUCGCUGUGCUGCUUAUCAUGGAGCGGCUGCACAGAGACCUCUAUACAGGCUUGAAGGCUGGUUUAUCACUGAGGGAGAGACUGCAGAUCGCUCUGGAUGUGGUGGAGGGGAUCCGCUUCCUGCACGGUCAGGGCCUGUUGCACAGAGACAUAAAGCUAAAGAAUGUUCUGUUGGACAAACAAAAUCGUGCAAAGAUCACCGACCUGGGCUUCUGUAAACCAGAGGCCAUGAUGUCUGGCAGCAUCGUUGGAACCCCUAUCCACAUGGCUCCAGAGCUUUUUACAGGAAAGUACGAUAACUCUGUUGAUGUUUACGCCUUCGGGAUCCUUUUCUGGUACCUCUGCACUGGUUCAGUGAAACUCCCAGAAGCCUUUGAGAAAUGCUCCAGUAAGGACCAGCUCUGGAAUAACGUUAAAAAAGGAGCCAGACCCGAGCGGUUGCCCACUUUCGACGAGGAAUGCUGGCAGCUGAUGGAGGCCUGCUGGAACGGGGACCCUUCCCAGAGGCCCAUGCUCGGUAUCGUGGAGCCCAGGCUGCAAAGCAUCAUGGUCCGGCUCUGCAAAAGCGGCUCAGAACAGAAAAGCAGCAGCCUCGAGGACUCAAACUGAAAACACUCCAGACAAACUAACAGACGUGUGACAGGGAUUUUUCUUGUAUUUAUGAAGAACGGAGAUGAACAGGUGACCAAUGAUUAAUGUUUGAGCUGUCAUCCGUUGUUGGAUUUACAUUAUUUAUGAGGAUUUGAUACAGUCCUGAAGUUUGCAAAUAUUUGUUUUAUUGUUUGUGCUUUGUGUAUUUGUGUACACGCUCUACACCAUGCUUUGUUGUAGCUGUCGUGCUAACUGCUACUUUGUCAUAGAAUUGUUACUAGAUGAAAACAUUUUUUAAAAGUGGUCCAUUCCAGUGUUAUAAAAAAAAUAUAAAUAUAUAAAAAGAUUAAUUUUAGAUUGUAUUUAAACUGAACAUGUCUGCAUCUAUCCAAAUACAUCUUUUUUAAUAAAAUGAUCUGUUACAACAUGA